CAGUCUUUGUAUCAGUGCUGAUCAUAACAACAACCUUCCAGCUAGCAGCUUUGAGUUUGUCUUCCAUUUGAGAGUCAACAUUUAUUAGCACCGUGUUAACGACUGAAGUAAUAACAGGACAUAACACAGAUCGUCAUUAUGCCUUCUGCUUGUGACUCCCUGAUCGAUGACAUUGAGGACAUGGUGUCAGCUGACGACCCGACUCCACAGGAGAGGCAGUAUGCCAGGAAGAGCAUCAUCCCCAGAGCCAGGAAGAGAAACACCCAGCAGACUACAGAGGUGCUGCAAGCAGACAGCGUAAUCCCUGGCAUGCAGAAGAUCUGGAUGAGGACAUGGGGCUGCUCUCACAACAACUCAGACGGGGAAUACAUGGCUGGACAGCUGGCAGCGAGCGGAUACAGGAUGACAGGUAGGAACCACCCCUCUAACCCCCCCUCCCACGUCUCUCUGACUGCUCUCACAGCCCCUGUCCAGCCAGGCAUCUGGUUGUUAUCAGGGCGGCCGAUGGCUGGAAACUAA